AUGAGUAACGCUUAUGCACCUGUGGGAGCACCACCUUCCUAUUCCAACGAGCUUUUCGAUACCACUCCUCGUGCUGAGGGCGAUAACGUGCCCGAUGACUUCAAGUAUGACACCAAUGUUGCCGCCUGCGAGCUUCCCAUCCGCCACAUGUUCUUGCGCAAGGUAUACGCCUUGCUUACGGUCCAGCUUUUUGCCACGGUUCUGAUCGGCGCGGUUAUCUACACUAACGAAACCGUCAGGCAGUUCGCGUUGACGCACAUGUGGCCGUUCUGGGUCAGCAUGGUUGGGAGUUUCGGUUUUUUGAUUGGCGCCAUGGUGUGCUCAAGAAAGUAUCCGGUAAAUUUGGCGUUAUUGGGCGGGUUCACCUUGUGCGAGAGCUACCUUGUGGGUGUCUGCACUACGAGAUACGACUCUACGAUUGUGAUCCAGGCUGUGUUCAUCACUCUUUUCAUCUUCCUUGGCUUGACAAUCUUUGCUUUCCAGACCAAGUAUGACUUUUCUUCGUGGCAGGGCGUCUUGUCCUGGUCCUUGUUUGGCUUGAUUGGGACCGGGUUUGUGCUUAUGUUUGUGCCACACACCUCCACCACCCAGAUUAUUUACAGUGGAAUUGCUGCCUUGAUCUUCUGUGCGUACAUUUUGUACGAUACCCAGCAGAUUAUGAAGAGAUACCAUCCAGAGGAAGAGGUUGCCGCUACAAUCAGCUUGUACUUGGACAUUAUCAACUUGUUCUUGCACAUUUUGCAGAUUCUCGGUGCCACCCAGAGCAGAGAUUAA